AUGAUGAGUCUGUAUUCCAAGAAGGAGUUCGGAGCCUCAAACUCUACAGAUUACCGCAUGUACAUUAGUAAGUACUAGUUUGCCAAAAUUUUUAUCGUCAGUAUGCUCCCCUUUGUGCCGAAACUGAUCCGUCCUAAUGGUGGUUAUUAUCACGCGUCUCCAUUUGUCUACUGAAUUUCCUCUAUCCCGGGCAUAGGUUGGGAGCAUCGAAUGUGAGCGCUGUCGGCCGAAAACUGCAUGAUGCGCGAAACCAACACUCGACUGUCAUUCCCCACAUUUACACAAGGUCCAAGUUCCGGCCUAGGUUAUUAUGACAGUUGUCGUAGCGGAGGCCUCAUAAACUCGUUUUCAUUAAUUCAUCGAUCUCAGGAUGAGCUGAGAGGUUCAAUGGGGCCCAACGAAGGCCGCGCUUACCUGGCAUUGUUCUGUGUGACUUUUCUCAAAGGUCAGUCGUAGGUAGUAGUAUUUGUCCAAUAGCUGGAAAAUUUUGCUGUCUGCGGGAGCCACAGUAUGUGGCCAGACGCAUCCAACGACCAACUUCUCUCCCAUCCAGUUAAUUCCCGAAUAAUUUAUUUUUGAACACCCCUAAUACCUUUUUACCUGUCCUAGGCAGAAAACAUGUUUUCGGAUGCCACAAGCACUAUGGUGUCAUUGACGUUGACACUGUCAACCAGUCAGGUCGUCUCGUCAGUGCUUCUGCCAGGGUACCUCAAUACUCCCUUGUGGUUUGGUCACAUUUUUUGGUCUCAGAAUGCCCCAAAUCUAGUCGUCCUCAUAGUACGCCAAAGUUAACCAGGCAGGAGCCGCUGACUGACCUGUAAUACGACCUACAAGGCCGAAUACACAGACAUGCAUGCAUAAAUCGACUGUCCUGGUCGCAGCUAUGUGAUUCAGGGGUUGAGUACAGUGGCUGGUGGAUAUAGGACAGCAUGUUUACGUAUACUACAAAAGACCUUGUUACUUUGCAAACGACCAUCCUGCCCCAGUUGUCAGAACCCAAAAUCGAGCUUGUAUUUUCUCCCUCAAUGGCUGGAAUUAAGUUACAGGUUUUGCGUCAAUGACGAGACGUGUUCGGUGCUAAUGCCAAGGCUUUUAGACUUAUCCCCUGUUCGCUCACUUUGGAUAAUACUGGACGCACAAAUCAAGGUUUCCUUUGUGUGGUUUUUCUUUCAAACAACUUUCGCUUGAUCGACCAUCGUCUUGGCGCUCCGCCUUAAAAUUUAAGCGCUGAGGUCGAGUUGUUCGGAGUUUUUAAUCUUACUUAUAAUUACUUAGCUGUUCCUGGAAUUAUUCACCUUUUCCGCUACCCUAGUGCUACAGGAUCACCCAAUUUCUCCGUUUCACGACAUUCCACUCGUACACGGUCCCCCUGGCAUCAUGAACAUGGUGGUUGAAAUACCGCGUUGGUCGAAUGCAAAAAUGGAGAUUUGCAAAGAGGAGCUCCUUAAUCCAAUUAAGCAGGACGUGAAAAAGGGGAAACUGCGGUUCGUCAACAACGUAUUUCCCCACAAAGGUUACAUUUGGAACUAUGGUGCUUUGCCGCAAACCUGGGAAGAUCCGUCCCACGUUGAUCCCGAUACCAAAGCGAAGGGUGACAAUGAUCCGAUUGACGUUUGCGAGAUUGGCUCCAGAAUAUUGGCUCGCGGCAGUAUUGUACCUGUAAAAAUUUUGGGCAUCCUUGCCAUGAUUGACGAAGGUAAUUUGCUACGUAGAGUACCACUGCUAAUGAUCUCUGCUCUUAAGUACUCUCUGCUUCAUCAAGGUCGGUUCAUCUAGGAUAUUCUUAUGGAAGGCAAACACGGCCUAAUACUUUGACUGAAAAAUUUCAGGUGAAACGGACUGGAAAGUCAUCGCCAUCCACAAUGAGGACCCCCUGGCUGCCAAGCUUAAUGGUGUGUUUGACUAACUACUCCCCCGUUACUUUCAUCCUUCUAGAUAUCGACGACGUUGAAACGCAUAUGCCCGGAUUCUUGCAGGUGGGGAUUCAGAAUUUCUUGAAUGUUUCUCGAUUUGAUCAAGUUCGCGCCGACAUUAGAAAGAUAGUUGGCCAACUUAUUGGAUUGACAUGUCGCUCUUUCCUUUGUGUGCCGUGUAGUAUAUUAUACGCCGUGUGGCGCAGAAUACGUACUUAGCGACAGACUAUCUCUUCCUCCCCGUUAUUAUCGUGUUAACUUGUCAAAUUUAACAAUCUGAAUCAAAGCUCCUGUGAACCAGUGUGUACACCGGAAGUCUAACUUCACGGGCAGAUGAGGUGAACAUUAGCCUGGUCACAAGUUUCGCAUCCUACCGGACCUUGGACUCAGAUUGUCUGGUUAACACGGCAAAGUUUGAGGUUGGAUUCACCUUCGGUAUGUGACACCACACACUGGGACGCGUAAUUUAUCGAAGGUCUUGAAUCACGUCUUCAGUCACUCGUCCAGUCUUCGUUUUUCUGACUGAGUAUUUAAGGCCUUAGGGCGACGGUGGUGUGAUCAUUCGGCCUCCACAUGAUCUGGCAGAUCUUGUGUAGUUUGCCGUAAGCGGGAGUGGCGGGGAUCUCGUACUAAGGAUGAUUUUCAAGUAACGACGGUAAAUUUUAAUCGGUCUUUAAACUUUACAGGUACACAGAAGACCACUUUACGAACAGUCUUUAAAUGAGCAUUUUAGCGGCGAUUCUGACGGAAGCUGCCAAGGACCGCUCAUGCUGCGCAAGUCCGGUGGAUAGCUUUCUCCGACUAAUUUAGAUUCAGCUGUCGUCGAGACUUGCGGAGGCAGUUUGCCUUCAUCAAUAAUGCAGCCUGACAAAAGGAAUUACUAUUUGUGACUUUAGUUGUUGGGCCAACGCACUUAACGUCAUCCCUCCCAUUAGUGGUGACUUUAUAGUUUGGUAUGCUUGAAAGGCGGAAGGUGACUUCGUGAGCGUAAUCGGGGCCGGCGAGCCCCGAAGCCGGGUGACAUUGACAUCUCGAAAACGCCGAAGUUCUCUAUGCAGCAAGAUAAUGCAACGUUGCCGUAAACUAAAGUGGAUGAUGGUAUCGUACGCCGAAGCUGGCGCAUUAGUCGACUAGCAGUAAACCUGGAUCAGGUCUAUCAAAAUUUAAGGCAUGUCAUCAGUCCACAUGGUAACGUGACUAUUCUCAGACUUGUUCAUGCUUAAAGGUCAGUACUUCUCGUCCAUUUUAAGCCUUAUUCCCCUUUCGUUUUUUCUUUCUGACAGGCAACUCGCGAGUGGUUUAGAAACUAUAAGGUGCCCACUGGAAAACCUAAAAACGAGUUUGCCUUUGAUGGAAGCUACAAGAACAGGGUGAGUAUUUUCCUUUUGCCCUUCUUCGGUUGCCGGCCAUGCUAUCCUGGUUCUGCUAUAAUUCCUCGCUGAAAGCACCCGAUGGAGCUUUCCAUUUACUGUAGUUCACCCAUUCAUCUUCUAUGGAUUGAUAUAACUUUGAAGUUGACAAGUUAGAUGAGCAUUGGUUCUCCUCGCUAACCCAUAUCCCGUUCCCGCUUUUUAGGAAUUUGCCCUGAAGAUCGUCAACCAGACUCACGAGCAAUGGAAAAAACUUGUUACUGAAAAGACCGACUUUACUGGCCUUUACAAGUACGUUAACGAACAUUGUUUAGUGCCAUGAGUACGCGCCCCUAUUUUAUUCUUGCGGAAAUUCAUAGUAUAGUAUGACUGGCCGACGGUGGCCAAUAAACCGAAAAUGUCCAUUCUAGUCUUCCUUGUCGUUGUCGGCAAUGUUUCUGGCCUCUAUUACGAGCAACUGUGCGGCCGCUGGUUGGGCUUCAGAGAGAGCCCCAAGGCACAGCGGAACGACGGAGUUCCGUAACAGGAUCGGUGAGCGCCCCCUCUACCAUUGUAUUCAAGGAUUGUAAGCGUCUACUAUGUCAGGACCAGCAAACCAUGGCCCUUGCGGCUUGACAUGCGCUCGCAGUUUUACGACUCUUACUCCCCUAUCGGUAGACGUGCAUGUGCUACCGCUGCGUAUACGGAUCGCGACCAUGGCUGCCCAGUCAUCCGCGUCGUCUUUCUGACCCGUCGUGGUGCCGUCGUUUUUGUUAAAAUCCUGGUCAAGUGUUUGUUGUGAACCAGGGGGUGUGGUGGUAUGCCUAGGUGCGGUCCGGGCGUGCUAUUAACCUGCACCCCCUCACAUCCGGCCUUCUUGACUAUGGACAUCGGGCCCAGAUGGUGAAGAGGAGAGAAUGCGUAGAUGCUGCGCAGGUCUACUCUUAAUAUGCAAGUCACCGUGUCUGCUCCACCUUGCUGUGAAAAACACGAUGGACAUCGUCCGGCAUGACGGUCGAACUAUCAUCAUUGUGUAUUCCCGAUUCCAACCGAUUCCAACAACCCCGUGGCUCAGUGGUCAGGGGCGUUGGACUUCCAACCAACAGGUCGCGGGAUCGAUCCCCAGUUGUUCCACACCUCAGGGUUAGGCAUCACUGGCCGACGACGACUAAUAAGCCAGAAGUGGCCACUCUAGCCUCCUUUGUCUCUGUCAGUAAUGUCAAUUUGCCUAAAGUAAGAAUUAAAUAAGUCUGGUUAGGCGAGUAUUCCUUUUCUGUUGAUAUAUCUUUGGACCUUUGAAUUGGUGUACGUAACUCACAAUAUGCUGUUGAUGUCUGAAAAUUAGAAACCCAAAGUGUGCAUUUGUCGGGUCUGACACCAAGUGGUACACAUGUUCUGCCUUUGCAAACCUAAGGAUUCUAGUCGAGUGCCCUGCCACCUAAGCUUUGCCAGGACCGCUAUCUCCCGGUUAAAGUGUUCUGGCCUUUGGUCUAGUAUUCCUUAUAGACUGCAAAAUAAAAAGAUCUGGCAACGUAAUUAAUUCAAAGACUACUAGAAGUCUAAUCUGAGUUAUUACACAAAAGUUCAACAUAGUCUGUAGAUGUGUAGGGAAUGUCGCUUGCAUCACGAACGUUUGUUUUAAUGUACUUUCUUCUCUUGAUGCAGUCUGCCGUUCCCUUUUGUACUCUUUGGCGUUCUUACUCCUCUGCCCCCUGUAGGGAGAACAUUUCUGUCCAGGGCAGUCCGUAUCAAAUCCCAACUACCGAGGGCAAGAACUUGUUCAACAAACUUCCACCCUAUGAGGAGGGCAAACCCAUUUCCGAUCCGACGGGUAAGUCCUUCGGAUUACCACUUCUGUGCUUUUUUACAAGCACCUUUUCCUCGGGACUUGACGAAAGCCGCGGCACAAGUAGAACAUCUCACACAUGCAUGCAUCGCAAAUGACAUCUAUUACCGCUGCGUGAUUUUGAUUACCCAUGUCACUGUCGACAUGCCAGCCAAGUGGACUUUAAUGGCUACUGAAUGAAUUACUAUCCUCUUAUUAACCUCUCACAAAAAACCGCCUUUCGAGGGCCAAAUACGAGAGCGAGGUUUAGAACACAAUUCCAUUGGGAGGGGGGGGGGAAGGGCAGAAGGAUUUACUUUGGCAAGUAUACCUUAAGGCGGUUCUAACACACAAACACCCAAUACGGCCAUUGAUUUUCAGCCUAUUUUUCUAUGCAGCGUACUGGGUUUUAAAGGUUUUCCUACAUGCCCCAUUCUUUUUCUUAAUUUUAGUGGAAGAGGUAUGCUUUGUCUGA